AUGCCAACUACAAGGGCAAGCGACGAGAAGCGCAACGACCUCGAGAUACUCGAGCAGCGCCACUGCUCGUGCGAGGCCGCGUGCGUCGUCACGGGCCCGUCGCGUUCAUGGCGCGCUCGCUUGGUCGUUGGCGAGCGUGGACUCGCAUUCGCUGGGUGCUUCGUACCUCGAUCGAUGGCGCGCAAGAGCUGGUGCGCCUUGUGCCCGAGAAAGGCGCACCUCGACCACUUGCAACUCGAGCGCCCGAGUACGAUUCAGUCGACCGAAAUUGCAAGUGCGAGACCCGCGCCAUACAAGGCUCACCACCGAUUGCCUGUGCGAGGACGCGUUCGCGUCACCUCUGCGUCUUGUCUGCUCGUCGAUUGUCAUGCUGCUGCUGGCGUGCGUCCAACGCGCUGA